AGAGAGAGAGAGAGAGAGGCUGGACUCCAUUAGUGUGAGGGAAAGUGUUCGGGACUCUUCGCCUCUCUCUUCUUCUUCUUCUUCGGGGAUUUCUCUGUGUUUUCCUCGCGGGACUCGGACUCAUACAUGGUUUAAAGAAGGUGGAAGUUGCAUUCGACGGGUUCAGAGUGUUUUUCUCUUCGUGAAGGUUUGUUCGGCAGGAUGGCGCUGGACGGGAUCCGGAUGCCUGAUGGCUGCUAUGCCGACGGGACGUGGGAACUGAAGAUGCAUGUCACCGACCUCCACCGGGACGUGUCGCUGAGGGUCACUGGGGAAAUCCACAUCGGCGGAGUCAUGCUCAAACUUGUGGAGAAACUAGAUGUGAAGAAGGACUGGUCAGACCAUGCUCUGUGGUGGGAGAAGAAAAAGACAUGGCUGUUGAAAACCCACUGGACAUUGGACAAGUACGGCAUCCAAGCCGAUGCCAGGCUGCUCUUCACGCCGCAGCACAAACUUCUGCGCCUCCAGCUGCCCAACAUGAAGCACAUGAAGGUCAAGGUCAACUUCUCGGACCGCGUCUUCAAGGCUGUGUCUGACAUCUGCAAAACUUUCAAUAUUCGCCACCCAGAGGAGCUUUCUCUACUGCGUAAGCCCCGUGAUCCUAAGAAGAAGAAGAAAAAGCUGGAGGAGGCAGAGGAGGAUGAUCUUGAGCUGGAGGGUCCACUGUUAACCCCCGGAUCAGCCUCUGAGAUAGUAUACAUCGGACCUGUCAAAGGGAGCAUCUACUCCAGUCCAGGCUUGUACAGUAAGACAAUGACCCCCACCUACGACUCCAGGGACGGAAGUCCGCUGUCGCCCACCUCUGCCUGGUUCGGGGACAGCCCCUUGUCCGAAGGCAAUCCCAGCAUCCUCGCCGUCAGCCAGCCAAUCUCCUCACCAGACAUCCUGGCGAAAAUGUACAAGCCCCAGUCUCUGUUGGACAAAGCCAAAAUCAACCAGGGGUGGUUGGACUCAUCCAGGUCUCUGAUGGAGCAGGAUGUAAAGGAGAAUGAGGUGCUGCUGCUGAGGUUCAAAUACCACAGUUUCUUUGACCUCAACCCUAAGUAUGAUGCCAUCCGAGUGAACCAGCUCUAUGAACAGUCCAAGUGGGCUAUCCUGUUGGAGGAAAUCGAGUGCACGGAGGAGGAAAUGAUGAUGUUUGCUGCCCUGCAGUACCACAUCAACAAACUGUCAAUCAUGGCUUCAGACAACCACAUGAACAACAGUGAGAAGGAGGUGGACGAGGUGGAUGCAGCCCUGUCAGACCUGGAGAUCACGUUGGAAGGAGGGAAGACGUCCAACACACUGGGUGAUAUCACAUCUAUUCCUGAGCUAGCUGACUACGUGAAAGUUUUCAAACCCAAGAAACUGACGCUGAAGGGCUAUAAGCAGUACUGGUGCACAUUCAAGGAUAUCACAGUUUCCUGUUACAAGAGUAAAGAGGAGGCGCACGGGACACCUGCUCUACAAAUGAAUCUAAGAGGUUGUGAGGUAACUCCAGAUGUUAACAUCUCGGGUCAGAAAUUCAACAUCAAGCUGCUAAUCCCUGUGGCUGAUGGCAUGAACGAGAUCUGGCUUCGGUGUGACACAGAGAAGCAGUACGCCCACUGGAUGGCCGCAUGUCGUUUGGCCUCCAAAGGGAAGACCAUGGCUGACAGCUCUUACAACCUGGAGGUCCAGAACAUUCUGUCCUUCCUCAAGAUGCAGCACAUGAACCCCGACCCUCAGUUCAUUGAGCCGAUCACCACCGACAUCAACCCAGAAUGCCUGGUGUCGCCGCGCUACCUGAAGAAGUACAAGAACAAGCAGCCAGGCUAUAUCAGGGACCUGAUUUCAGGACGGAUCCUGGAAGCCCACCAGAACGUGGCACAGAUGAGUCUCAUCGAGGCCAAGAUGCGUUUCAUCCAGGCGUGGCAGUCGCUCCCCGAGUUUGGAAUGACUCAUUUCCUCGCAAAGUUCCAGGGAGGAAAGAGGGAGGAGCUGAUCGGCAUCACCUACAACCGUUUGAUCCGGAUGGACGGCGGCACCGGAGAUGCCAUCAAGACCUGGCGCUUUAGCAACAUGAAGCAGUGGAACGUCAACUGGGAGAUCAAGAUGGUGACGGUGGAAUUCGCCGACGAGCCGAGCCUGUCGUUCAUCUGCGCCGAGGUGGACUGCAAGGUCGUCCACGAGUUCAUCGGCGGCUACAUCUUCCUGUCCACGCGCGCCAAGGACCAGAACGAGUCUCUAGACGAGGAGAUGUUCUAUAAGCUGACCAGCGGCUGGGUCUGAGCUGCACCACCACCCCCCCGAACAAGCCAGGGGUCAACGAUUGUGGGCCGGGGGGGCCAGGAGGGGAGCGGUGGGAGUGGAACCACGUUGUAUGGGUUUAUUUUAUUCUACUUUUCUCAGUCUUUUAAAGUUUUUUUUGAGCUGUGCUGAAGAGUCCAGAGCAGCAACCGUUGCCAUGCCGACAACCGUGUUCUCUGUUGUUUUGCCGACGAGGUCACUUGUUCUAACACUAAAUUGUGGUUGAAUCAGUUCAGACGAACUUUGAACUUAAACUCCUGUGGUUGAGCAGAAGCCUGUUUAACUACGACCACCCGCCGCCUCCUCCUCCUCCUCCUGGACCGCCGGCCAUCAACUUAACGUCCAUGACUUCCCUUUAAACACCAAUCAAACACCAAAUUUAAUCCCAAAGAUCCUUUGAUUUUCUUUUUUCCUCUUCACUCUUUUGUCUUUUCCUUUUUCUCUUCUAGAACCGGACUAAAGAGCUGAUGUCCAACUGUCGUUGAAACAUGUUGUGAUUUAGUGCCACAGAUACCCACAGUCAUAUCUAAUUAUUUAUCCUAAAACACGGACCUCCUCAGAGUCUGAUGGAAAGGGGGGGGGAUCUGUAAACAGCAGUGUACAUCCUAUCCGCUCUAUGAAGGGUUUAAUCUCUAUGAAGUCACGUGUAAGCACUUCUACACUACACAGUCCUGUUUUUGAAUAAGCUGUUUUUUGUUUUUUUUAAAUGUCCUUUUUUUCUUUCGAUGUCUGCGUCUCCACAACCGGAGACAGUCUAGUCCCUCCUAUGAACUUUCAUCGUAUUCUCUGACAGGUGCGACACUGAGAGCCUCAGUUUAGUUUUUUGUAUUUAACGGACUGCUGAUAGUGAGCAUGUCUGCAAACACACUACAGCUCAGUGCACUGUAACGAGCGUCCCGUUUGUUCGGAAAUCUGGGUUCAAACCAUAGACCGGAAAAUAAAGAUGGACAUCGCCGCUUCCUCCCGUUGUACAAACAUGAAGCUCAAAUAUCUAAAAUGCGGCCAUCUUGCACUUUUGACUUGAUUUGGAGCCGGAGUCUGGGCAGUAGUAGUUGUUAUGAGGUCCUGCCGAUGCACGCGCGCAACCAAUCAUGAAGUUUCACCCCAUUUUUAUAGCAUCAAAUAACUCAUUAAAACAUUUCAACGAGCAUGUGUGAUAAGAACUACCUAAAAUGACCUAUUUUUAUCCAUGUCCCAUCCACUAACACAGAGGAGGCAGGGACCUUACACUGCCGCCAACCACCAGGGGGCGAUCAAGACCGUUUUGGACCUCCACGAGUCGACCUAACAGCAAAAAUAGCUCAGUCUAAAAAGUCAUUAAUUCUCAUGUUCGCAACAUUUAGUGUUUUCUCAAAACACGUUUUAUAAACACUAAUCAAUAAUGUCACAAGUUGUCAGUGUGUGUUUAAAGUGUCUCAUCCCAUCGACAGGUUUUAUCCUUGUUUUUUUAAUAUUUAAACACUCAAGAAGCUAAAUGAUUUGUCAACAUGUCCACUACGUUUCCCAAAGUUUAGAAUGUUCUUUCAUCAUCAUGUGACCUGGAAAGUGCACGUUUAGAAAUCAUCCUAUUGGCAGUGAUUUUUCAAAGUGUCCACUCCCUUUCUCCAACCUUAAGCUCGUCUCUUAGACCACAUUCUUUCCUCUCCUGACCUGAAAGUGCAGAUUUAUAAGUAAUGUGCAUUAACAUUUAUCCAGACGUGUGUUUUUGGCUGCAUUUGAAAAUGAAGGAAAUCACAUUAUCAUGCUUUCGAUUACAUUUAAAAGCCCUGACAUCUCAUUGCUCUGUGCAUUGACACUACAUAACACGAGGGAUCAUCGCUCCCUUCUGCCACCUUUUUCCUCUUCUCGCCUUUCUGUCUCUCACACCGUAUAGUAUUAAUAUUGUUGUUGUUAUUCUUAUUUUUAUCAUUACACACCAGCAAAAGGUCACUGAGUUUGAAGAAUGAAUAUGCAAAAUGUUUUUUUCUUUUCUUCUGUUCUCAGUUAUGAAGGAUCAGUCAGUAAAGUAUUAUUUUUUUGUAACUAAUGUAAAAACACAAACAUUUUAUAGAAAUUGUACAGUUUUUUUUCUGCUUUUUGGGGGUUGGAAGUAUUUCCUUUCAGGAAGAAAAAAAAAAAAAAGUGGGGUGUCAUCUGUCAACGUGUAGUAUUCAGAACCGUGCCUGCUCAUGUUGUGGUCUUACCGGGUUUUCAGAUGAAGAUAUAUAUGAUUAUAUAUGAAGAUAACACUAGUCUCAAACUCCAGAUUUGAUGAAGAUGUUUGUCGAGUACAUAUAUAUAUUUUUUUCUAAAAUACAGAUACGUAUGCCUUUUCAAUGUGUUCUUUGUUUUCUUGUAUUACUGCUUAAUUUUAUUGAUUUUCUGCUUUCUCUUCUACCACCUGCGGCCCAGAGUCGCAUUUUACGCUCAUUCUUUCGACUGACGGUGAAACUUUACGUGCAUUUUUCGCUGCAAAUUUAAUUUGCUCUGUGCCUUUUUUUUUUGUUGUUGAAGUACUUCACCUAUUCGUCUGAUAUUGUGUCACAACCGAAGUGUGCCAUUUAAUAAUUGUCCAUAUGAAGGAGACCCACAUUGCUUAGACCUUGGAGUUUGAGACAAAUCAGCAAAAAAUGAAGUUGGGAGGAAAAUCAAGCCUCGUCUUUGUUGUCUGAUGUGUUUGUUUGCCUCCAGUGUCGGGAGCAGCAGUGCAUGUCCUGCUGCUCUGUUUUCUGACUGUAAAAAUGCAUUUAUUUUAAAAAAUAAUAAAGUAAUUUUUAUUUAAA